AAAAACUGUUGCUGCAACCUAAUGUAUAUAUAAAAACAAUGUUACUAAAUCUUAUCAAUGGUUACAAUUAUAAUGAUUUCGGGAGCCAACUUCACGGUCAUUACUCAUUUCGCAACGAAUCUAAAAUUUCUUCAAUUAUUAUUUAAUCUUCUUGUGGUUAAUUUUAGAGCUAUAAUAAAAGUAUAAUUUGACAAAACGAAUUAUAGCGAGAUAUCAAAAAAAAACUUUAUUAUAGUAAUAUUUUCAGUGUAUAGAUUUAGAUAAGCUUUAUAGAAUAUUUUUAAAAGCAUAUAAAAUAAUAAUUUGUUAUUAUAAGGCUAAUACAUGUAUUGGCGUUAACAAUUAGUAAAGUUAAUUUUGAGUUCGAAAUGUUACAAAGUUUAUCGUUUAAGGUAUAGUUAAUAAGAAAACGAUUUAAAUAGUUUUUGUCAUAUUGUAUAUAAAUAUGGAGUCACUUAUUAAAAAUAUCGGCUAUGAAGAAUUCUAUCCUGAAAAAUAUGUUAAAGAGUUAUCCCAAAGAUGCAUGGGUUCUGAGGAGCUAUUGCAACAAAAAACUAAUGUUGAAAGAUUAGGAGAGCAAAUAAACACAUUACUAAAGAAAAAUGUUUUCUACAAUUAUACACAAUUUAUAGAUACAGCAAAAGAAAUAGCCAAUUUAGAAGGAGAGAUGUAUCAAUUAUCACAUUUAUUGACAGAGCAAGCAUCUUUACUUAAUUCUUUAAUUUGCUCGUCAAUAGUAAGUGAAAAGGUACCUAGUCCAGAUAAACUUUACAAUGGUGAAGCUAAUAUUAAACAAGAUAAUACCAUAGAAGAAAAAAGAUAUCAAAAACUAUUAAAUAUUAUGGAACGUAUAGACAAUUGCAAGAAUUUAGUUGAUGUUCCUGAUCGUAAAUUUAUACACGAAGGAGAUUUGCUAGAAUUAGAUCCUAUUGAAAAUAUACCAAUUCAAAGAAUUCAUUGCUAUCUUUUGACAGAUAUAUGUAUUGUUGCUAUUUGGAUGUCUAGCAGACGUGGUCCAGCUAAGUAUAGAUUUCAAUCAAUGUAUGAUUUACGGAAUGUAGCCGUUGUAAAUAUGAAAGAUAUUAAAAAUUCUUUUAAGUUGCUUGCUUUUCCUGAUACACGAGUAUUUCAAGCUCCAAAUACAGGUCUUAAGAAUGAUUGGUUAGCAAAAUUUGAAGCUGUUAAAAAAUUACAAGUUUCGAUUGAUAGUAAAGUUAAAAGUACAGUUGAACAAAAAACUCUUCAAAGAAUGGAUUCAAUUCAACUUACUCAAAACUUAUUUGAGCUUGAGACACUUGAAGUAGAAAUUCCUGAUUGGAUUGUAGAUUUAGCUGAUGAUUUAGAUGUACUUAUUGCUCAACGACAUUUUGAAGAUGCUAAUACAUUAAUUAACAAAGCCAAAAAGUAUCUAAAAGAUCAUAGCAAUUUAGUUCCAACUUCUAUUGAACAAGAAACUAAAAGUAAAUUAGAAAAUCGUAUUCAAGCGUUAACUUUGGCUUUAACAAAAGAACUUCAAGUUUCUCCAGAUAAAUCUCAUAAAGGUGGUUUAAGAGCUGCUAGAAGAGCAGUAAAGAUUUUAAAUGAACUGGAUAAAUCAUCACAAGCUUGCAAUCUUUUUUUAAAAGUUUGCUCAAAUUUGUUGAAAUCACAACUGCAGUAUGUAAAACGAGAUGGUUCAGUGUCAACAUUUGUAAAAAAGUAUUCUAUGGCAUUUUUUGGUACUACAAUAGAAAUUACUCAUGAAUUCUUAUAUAAAGCAUUUACCUAUAGUCCUGAAUGUUCAUCAGCAUUUAUCUUAUGGGUUACACAAGAAGUAAAUGACUUCAUGAUAGUUUUAAAUAAACAUAUGUUUGUACCACAAACUUCAUUAUCCAGUUUAGCUGAAUGCAUAAAAAUAUUGCAUAUGAAUAGUCACGAGUUAUGUGAAUACGGAAUAGAUUUAAAAUUUCAAAUUGAUGGUCAACUUCGCAUUCCUUUAUCAAAAUCAAUAAAUGAUAUUAAAGAUAAAAUUUUAGAAGUACUUAAAAUACGGUUUUCAGAAGAAAAAUGGCGACCCUACAAUCUGAAAACUAAACAACAAAGAGAUAAACUCAUUGAAGAAUUUAAAAAUAAUGGAUUUUCAAAUAUUGAGUCUUUUAUAAAAGGUGAUUCUUGGAUAUUAUUAACACAAAACACUGUAAUAUUUACACGCACAUAUUUAUUAUUGUUAAAUGAUUGUUUAAUUCUUUAUACACCAGAUCUAGCCAAUGCAAUUGAUCAACUUCUAUAUGAAGUGUUUGCUGCUCAUUGUAGUUUCAUACAGAGUUCAAUAAAGAACAAAAAUUAUAUCAAUGAUGUAACUAUUAUUACUACAAAUGCUAGAUUCAUUUUGGAUGUUUUAUUGACUCACUGUUGGAAUCUUUAUACAAUAUCUACUAGCAAUACUGUCUCACAUAUUUUUACCAAAUUAAAAUCUGAAUUUGGUGUUAUUCCUACUCAAAAUAUUACUAGUUAUAUUUAGAGAAUAAAUAAGAGAUGUAAAAAAAUUAAUAUGUUAAUAAAUGUUAUUUAUAUUUGUGACCUAAAUAAUUUUAUAAAAAAUAGUUAUAAAAUGAAAUUGUAUCAUUAAUUUUCUUAAAUUUUAAGUAAAAUAGAUUUAUAAAAAUUGUUCAAUCA